AUGACCGCGUUUGUUUACUUCCUGGGGGGGGCGACCGAGUUGACCGUCCAGUCGGAGCGCGCUUUCCAGAAGCAGCCUCACAUCUUCUUGAACUCCAAGACCAAGACCAAGAGCGCCCGACCGGGCAAGGGUGGACGACGAUGGUACAAGGACGUUGGUCUGGGUUUCCGUACCCCCAAGACUGCCAUUGAGGGCAGCUACAUCGACAAGAAGUGCCCUUUCACCGGUCUCGUCUCUAUCCGUGGCCGUAUCCUGACUGGCACCGUCGUUUCCACCAAGAUGCACCGAACCCUCAUCAUCCGAAGAGAGUACCUUCACUACAUCCCCAAGUACUCUCGUUACGAGAAGCGACACAAGAACCUUGCCGCCCACGUCUCUCCUGCUUUCCGUGUUGAGGAGGGUGACCAGGUUACCGUUGGCCAGUGCAGGCCUCUCAGCAAGACUGUCCGCUUCAACGUCCUCCGCGUUCUGCCCCGAACUGGCAAGGCGGUCAAGUCCUUCUCCAAGUUCUAA